AUAGUGUAUAUCCAACAACUUCGACGAAUGUGAUGUGUCGUGUAUGCCAACUUUUCCACGAACCGGAAGAAUAUCUAGUCUGAUGCCAACCAGUCCUUCUGGUUAUGCCCCUCGCACCUCCUUCGUCGUCUUCGCCGUCCUCUUCUUGUCGAAUGAGUUAUAUAAACAACUAGAGCUGAACAUUUCAGUGUGCGGUCUUCAGGUUCAGCCGAAUUGGCUCCUUCAUCGGUCUCUGAAGAUGGGGACUUCGGAGCUAGAGCAAGCAAAGGCACGUUUGCACGUCGACUGUGCUCAGCCACCAGCAAUAACUUGGCAGAGGAAAUUCGAUGAUGAAGGCAAGAAGGUUGCUAUGCUUAGCAUGGCCACUGAUAUAUUGACAAUUAUACCCUUGAUUUUCAAAAUGCUUCGACUACACGUCGAAGGAAUCGCGAAAAACCAGGUUGCGGUCUAUGAUCCUCUCAAGAAAUGGAUGGACAACUGCUACCGCGGGGUACCCCUCGGCGGACUAGGUUCAGGAAGUAUAGGAAGAAGCUACAGAGGGUACUUUCAGCAGUUUCAAAUAUUCCCCAGGAUAUAUGAAGAGAAGCCUAUCCUAGCCAACCAGUUCUCAGCAUUCGUUUCGCGUCCUGGUGGGAAGAGCUACUCCACGGUGUUGUCUGCACCAACUGCUGAUCUCCUCAAGGGAAUAGAUAAAGCCGGUAUCGGGUCUUGGGACUGGAAACUGAAAGAGGAGAAUUGCAACUACCAUGGAUUGUUCCCAAGAUCUUGGACUGUAUAUGAUGGUGAGCCUGACACUAAAAUAAAGAUCACCUGCCGUCAAAUAUCGCCCUUCAUCCCUCACAACUACAAGGAGAGCAGCUUUCCCGUCACGGUUUUCACUUUUACGGUGCAAAAUUCUGGGAGCACACCCGCAGAUGUCACGUUGCUCUUCACAUGGGCAAAUUCAGUGGGUGGAAGAUCAGAACUGACUGGGAAUCACACCAACUCCAGAAUCAAAGCGCGCGACGGCGUCCAUGGCGUCCUUCUACGCCACAGGACGGCGGAUGGGAACCCUCCUGUCACGUUCGCGAUCGCGUCUGAGGAGACCAGCGACGUCCGAGUCACCUGCUGCCCGACCUUCGCGAUGGGCCCGUCCAGCCCCGGUGCGGAGCAGUUCACGGCCAAGGACAUGUGGGACGAGGUCAAGAACCGCGGCUCCUUCGGCGGCGACGCCGGCGGGGCGCCGACAGCGUCGUCGAGGCCUGGAUCGUCCAUCGGGGCGGCGGUCGCGUCGACGACGAAGGUACCAGCGGGUGACACGCGCGUGGUGUCGUUCGCGCUCUCGUGGUCGUGCCCCGAGGUGAAGUUCCCCUCCGGGAGGACGUACCACCGGAGGUACACCAAGUUCCUCGGCCUGGAUCGAGACGCCGCUGCUGAGCAAUUGGUUCACGACGCCCUUCUCGAACACAUGAAGUGGGAGUCUCUGAUCGAAGAGUGGCAGACGCCUAUCCUGCAGGACAGGAGGCUGCCUGAAUGGUAUCCGGUUGCACUGUUCAACGAGCUUUACUAUCUCAACGCUGGAGGCACCAUUUGGACAGAUGGGAUGCCUCCGAAGAAGACCAGCUUUGCUUCAUCCAAGUACGGGUCGACCGCGGAGUCCUUCUCCCUCGACGGGUUCCGUGCAGGUGAUCCUGCAGUCGAUGGCAUUUUGCGCGCAAUGGCGACGGCGGAGGAGCGGCUCGAACCAUCGUCGGCGUUCGGCACGGCCCUCCUCGGCGACGGCGAGGAGAACGUGGGGCAAUUCCUGUACCUGGAGGGGAUGGAGUACCACAUGUGGAACACGUACGACGUCCACUUCUACGCCUCCUUCUCGCUGCUCUCCCUCUUCCCGGAGAUCGAGCUGAGCCUCCAGCGCGAUUUCGCCCGCGCCGUCCUCCUCCACGACCCGCGCCCCAUGCGCACCCUCGACGGCGUCGACGUCCCACGCAAGGUGCUCGGCGCCGUGCCGCACGACAUCGGCCUGGCCGACCCCUGGUUCGAGCUGAACGCGUACAUGAUCCAUGACCCGUCGCGGUGGAAGGACCUCAACCCCAAGUUCGUCCUCCAGGUGUACCGCGACGUCGCCGCCACCGGGAACGUUACGUUCGCCACGGCGGCGUGGCCGGCGGUGUACCUGGCCAUGGCGUACAUGGACCAGUUCGACCGUGACGGGGACGGUAUGGUGGAGAACGAGGGCCGCCCAGACCAGACGUACGACCUCUGGUCCGUCUCCGGGGUCAGCGCAUACACCGGCGGUCUCUGGCUCGCGGCCCUUCAGGCGGCGGCCGCCAUGGCGCGCAUCGUCGGCGACCGCGGCGCGGAGGGGUACUUCCUCGAGCGGUACAAAAGGGCGCAGCGCGUGUACGACGGCGAGCUCUGGAACGGCUCCUACUUCGACUACGACAACAGCGGCUGCGCGACCAGCAAGUCCAUCAUGGCCGACCAGCUCGCCGGGCAGUGGUACGCGCGCGCGUGCGGGCUGGAGCCCAUCGUGGAGGAGGAGAAGGCUCGCAGCGCGCUGGGGACGGUGCUGGACUACAACGUGAUGCGCGUGCAGGGCGGCGCGGUGGGGGCCGUGAACGGGAUGCGGCCGGACGGCGCCGUGGACGCGUCGUCGUUGCAGUCCAAGGAGGUGUGGGUCGGGGUCACCUACGGCGUGGCCGCCGCCAUGCUCCACGAGGGCAUGACGGAGGCGGCGUUCCGGACGGCGAAGGGAGCGCACGACGCCGGGUGGGGCAGGGACGGGUUCGGGUACGCGUUCCAGACGCCGGAAGCGUGGACGUCCGACGCCGGCGGCGGGUACCGGUCGCUGCACUACAUGCGGCCCCUCUCCAUCUGGGCGAUGCAGUGGGCGCUAUCGCCGCCGGAGCUCCAUAGGGACCUCCGGGUGGUUCCGGGUUCGGUGUCCGCCGUAGCGUCGCCAGCGGAGGUGGACCUGGCGCGGGAGAAGUUCGAGAAGGUGGCGAGCAUGCUGAAGCUGCCGGAGGAAGUGCAGCACAAGGGGUAUCUCAGAGCUAUCUACCAGGUACUCCGGCAGAUGCUGCUCCCGGAAUCCUGAUUCUCAGGAGUGGAACUUCCAGCUUUACAAAAGAUUCUUCGGACUGAUGACAAUACGUUAUGUGCGUCAAAAUAAAACUGCAAUAGUUACUUUCA